AUCACUGUAAGGCACUACUUGGGUGAUGAAUGGUACAAGUGCGUUCUGUUAUACAUAAUUCAGACACUAUUCCAUUUGGAAUCACACUGGAAUGGAGGCAUUGAUAAUUUCCAAGUAAAUGAAUAUGCGUGAUAAAAUGAGGAAAUGGAGGGAAGAAAACUACCGAAACAGUGAACAGAUAGUGGAUGUUGGAGAAGAGUUAAUUAAUGAAUACGCAUCUAAACUAGGAGAUGACAUUUGGAUAAUAUAUGAACAGGUGAUGAUUGCUGCCCUGGACUGCAGUCGAGAUGAUUUGGCAAUGUUUUGUCUUCAGGAGCUAAGGCGACAGUUUCCUGGGAGCCACAGAGUAAAACGAUUAACUGGAAUGAGAUUUGAAGCUAUGGAAAGGUAUGAUGAUGCCAUCCAGUUAUAUGAUAGAAUUUUACAAGAAGAUUCAACUAACACUGCAGCAAGAAAGCGUAAGAUUGCCAUUCGAAAAGCCCAGGGGAAAAAUCUUGAGGCCAUCCGAGAGCUGAAUGAGUAUCUGGAACAAUUUGUUGGAGACCAAGAAGCUUGGCAUGAACUUGCAGAACUUUACAUCAAUGAACAUGACUAUGCAAAGGCAGCCUUCUGCUUAGAGGAGCUUAUGAUGACUAAUCCACACAACCACUUAUACUGUCAGCAAUAUGCUGAAGUUAAAUACACUCAAGGGGGGCUUGAAAACCUUGAGCUAUCAAGAAAGUAUUUUGCACAAGCACUGAAGCUUAACAACAGAAAUAUGAGAGCUUUGUUUGGACUAUACAUGUCUGCCAGCCAUAUUGCUUCCAAUCCAAAAGCAAGUGCAAAAAUGAAAAAGGAUAAUAUGAAAUAUGCCAGCUGGGCAGCUAACCAAAUAAACAGAGCAUACCAGUUUGCAGGUCGCAGUAAGAAAGAAACUAAAUACUCUUUGAAGGCAGUGGAAGACAUGCUGGAGACCCUGCAAAUCACUCAGUCUUAGGUUGGCAGAGAGAUCCGAUAUUAAAUUUUCCAAUUCUUUGAUCAACCUGUAAUGACAUAUGGGUUAUGUUACUCUAGUGCUGUUAAAAGUUAAUUUUGUAUUGAUUAACAUGCUAUCUAAAGUAAUGUUUUAUGAAAAGUAAAAUGCCUAUUUAUUGCUGCUAUGAAAAAUAUGAUGAAUAGCCACUGAAAUGAAUAACUUAUCCAUGAAGACAACGUAAAGAAAUGACGUGCUGCACAUCAGUCUCUUCAGAUUUUUGUAUUUACAGUAACUGCUUUUAAGCCAUAAUUUGGAGAAAUAAACUUGUUGAAUGAUUAAA